AUGAAGGGCAUGGGCCCGACGAUGGAGAUGGCGCCUGCGCCGCCGACGACGGGCAAGGCGGCGUCGGCCUCGGCCUCGGCUCCCCACAUGCCGAUGAUGCACAUGUCCUUCUUCUGGGGCGACCGCGCGGUGGUGCUGUUCCCGGGGUGGCCCGGCGCGCGCGGCGCUGGGGCGUACCUCCUCUGCCUCCUCUUCGUGCUCGCGCUCGCCGCGCUCACCGAGGCGCUCGCCGCGGCCUCGCGCUGCGUCGCGCGCCGCGGCGCGGGGGGUGGGGCAGCAGGGCGCGUCCCGGCGUCCUCGGCCGCGCUGCUCACGGCGGCGCACGCCGCCAGGAUGGGCACGGCGUACCUCGUCAUGCUGGCCGUCAUGUCCUUCAACGGCGGCGUGCUCCUCGCCGCCGUGGCCGGCCACGCGCUCGGGUUCCUCCUCGCGCGGAGCAGGGUGCACCCUGCGGGCGGAGGUGCCGCCGGCGGCGGCGCCCGUGACCACGGGCUCGGUGGCAUGGGUGUUGUCCACCCUCCGGAUGGCUCCAAGGCCUGA